AUGUGUAAUCUAGUACAGAUUGAGUCUGUCCAGUCAGGACAUUUGUGUAAUCUAGUACAGAUUGAGUCUGUCCAGUCAGGACAUAUGUGUAAUCUAGUACAGAUUGAGUCUGUCCAGUCAGGACAUUUGUGUAAUCUAGUACAGAUUGAGUCUGUCCAGUCAGGACAUUUGUGUGGUCUAAUCAGAUUGAAAACCCUGCAGAAGAAAGCAUUGGAGGAAGAUGCCUUGAAUCUGAUAGCGAAGUAUCUAAAAAAUUAUGAGACAGAUGAAAGGCUAUGUAACAUGGUUCUUCUUACAAUUGCUAGUCUUACUGACUCAGAUGAAGUAAAAGAUUUGUUAGCGCAGACAGAUUUAUGUAAACAACUUAUAAAAAUGGCUCAAGUUACCCUGGGUGAGAACGCAGAAUAUAGUGAAGAUAAUCAGCAGAAGGUGAAGAUGUCUUCAGAUCUUCUUAUAUUGCUUCUAACUGGAGAGAAGAGUAUGGAGAUAUUGUUUGACGGUGGUAAAGGGGAGAUAUUCUCAGAGUCAAUGACCUGGUUAGAUAAUGAACACUGUCAGUUUCUGGUAGAACAGGGCGUUAUAAAACGGUUACUACGUCUACUGAAACCAGUUUAUGGAGAACAGAAAUGUACUUUAGAACAUGCUAGUCUCAGUGCUCUACCGGGUAAUAAAGCUUCACUGAUCAAAGAGGGAGUUAUAGAUGCUGUGUUGGUUCUCUGUAGACUCAGAAAUGUUAGCCGUUAUAUUCAAAUGCUAGGGGUGUUACGUAUGCUUGUUGAUGGUCAAGAUGAUGCUGCGGUGAAACUAGGUCAACAUAGAGAAUUUGUUACAAGACUUGUAGAGUGGAGUGCUUGUGAAGAACACCCAGGGGUCAAAG